GCGGAUAGGAGUAAAAACUAAAAAACCCAAAACCCAGCUUAAAAACCUCACUUGGUCUUCUUCUUCUCAGUGUCAUCAGCAGAAAUGGUGGUGAAGAUAAGGCUCGCGCGUUUCGGUUGUAAGAAUCGACCCUUCUUUCGUGUAGUUGCCGCCGACGACAAAUCGCGAAGGGACGGCAAACAAAUCGAGGUUUUGGGGUUUUAUGAUCCACUGCAAGGGAAAGACGAUGCAAAAAGAGUGAGCCUCAAAUUCGACAGGAUCAAGUACUGGUUAUCGGUUGGAGCUCAACCAACAGACUCAGUCGAAAAUAUGCUAUUCAGGGCCGGUCUGAUUCCCCCAAAGUCAAUGGUAGUAAUGGGUUCGAAAAACGGACAGCAAUCUGCAAACAACCAUGUUUCACCCAUUACAGGUGAAAUCUUGAACUAGGAGUGUUGAUGUAAUGAGCAAAGAUUCUAGCUUUUGUGUCUAUGUGAAACGAGUUUGAUGUAAUGUUGGUUUAGACUUCUGUAUCUUGACAAACAGAGUUUGGUGAAAUUCUCAAUAUUGGUAUGUCUUUAAUAAAAGGUACUAUGACUAAUUGGGCUCUGGUAUCAUAGGCCCAUGUUUUUCUAAAA